GAACCUCAGCCACGCGGGGCCUACUAAACCACUAGGGGUACCUGCAUACUAACUGGGGCUUUCUGCUACCAACAUCGGGGAGGCUUCGCCUCCGAUACCAAAGGUGCCGCCGAGAAUCGAACUCAGGGCCUCCCACCGGGGCUUUCUGCUACCAACAUCGGGGAGGCUUCGCCUCCGAUACCAAAGGUGCCGCCGAGAAUCGAACUCAGGGCCUCCCACAUCCAGAACUCAAUUGACCCGGUAAUGCGAACGGCUCGCACUUUAGCGGUCCAACCGGCAUUAGACCGCUUAAAACCGUUAGAGAACCUGUAUCUAAUAAACGUUAUCAGUAUAAAUAGUGGACAUUUCUUAAUCAGAGCUCAUCUCUUUCCUUCGAAAUUGUGAAAUGGAAAUAAGAAUUCUAUUUGAAAGCCCCGCAUUUUUGGUUUAUUUCAAUUAUCUACAAUUUUUUUAAUUAAAUUUAGUGGCUGAAUGGCAAAAACCGGACGAGCGGCUCGAUCGGCUCGAACGGUUAACCGCCUCGGCCGCUCGCCAACCGGCAACCGCUACAUAAAACCGGAGCGGCUUCUAAACUGUUCCGAACCGGUUUUAUGAGGGUGGCGGUUUUACCGGUUGGGCCGAGCGGCUCGAUUCGGCUUUAAUAACACUGUCAUAUACUCAUAUACAUAUUUUACUAUAUGAGGUAUGCAAAAACCCUAACUAUUUUGGACGGAUAAUGAAUAUGCACCAUAUACGCGGUCUAGCCCAUAUUUCACUUCAUGAUGUACCCAUAAUGGGCCUUGACGGCCCUAAAGAGAACUAAAUGCCAUUGUUGUUAUGAUAGGUAGGGGCACACUAGGCCCAAUCGUUUAGGGACUAGUUUGUUACGAUUACAAAAUUCAGGUGCUAUUUAUUUAACUCUUACCGAAAAAUGCCCAACUGCGUCCUUCUCAGGCGCGUAAAGCGAACUCUUCCGUCCACCUUUCUUCUUCACCGACAGCGAUUUUCGCUUCACUUCCACUCCUUCCUACUUUGGCAUCGCCGUCUCAACUUCGCAGCCCACAACCAUUCGCCUCUCCAGCUCUCUCUCUCUCUCCCUUCGAAUCCGCGGGAUUCCCUCUCCGUUGGCUGCUCUCCCGCGUCUCUUGUGGACAGCCAGCCAUGGAGAUAACCUACCGCAGUCGCCUUUUCAUCCUCCUCUUUCUCGGGCAUUCCUUCUUCUCAGCCCGGGCCUCCAUCCACAUCUACGACACCCAACCCUUCAGCGAAGUGGGAAAUGCUUUCCUUCUCUCCGGAGGCAGCGAAGGCAUUGUCGCCUCCUCCGCCGCCGCCGGCCUUCCUCCUUACACUGUCGACUCUUCGUCCUACGCCAUUCCGCGAUCCAUCAAUGAUGGCCGCUCUUACAUCCGGUUUGAGAAUAUUUCUUUCUGGAGGACUAAAGACGCAGCUGAUGAGGAUCCAGAUAUGGAUCACGACACGGGGCUGGUUCAGGUUGUCAUUUUUGAGGCUGCUGAUCGGAACAGUAUUGGUGGUUCUGCGUAUGGUGGACAGAGGUCCAUCUGUUGCACACCUGACCUUGCUAAGCUGGAAGGUUGCAAGGAAGGUCGAGUGAUUAGGAUGCCUUCUGCAACUGACAUCAACUGGCCAAUAGUUUUGGAUGUGAACUUCAGAGGCGAUGACUUGUUUACCAAGCUUAAAGAUGAGGAUGUGUACAUCACCAAAACAGGGAUGUAUAACUUGUUCUUUGUUGCAUGCGAUUCAAAGCUUAAGGGACUUGUGAUGAGUGGGAAAACGAUUUGGAAGAAUCCCGAUGGUUAUUUGCCUGGUAGGAUGGCACCUCUAAAGAAGUUUUAUGUGCUUAUGUCUGUUGCAUAUUUGCUGCUCAGCUUGACUUGGUUCACCCAGUACCUGAGGUUCUGGAAGGACAUUUUGCAACUUCAGCAUUGCAUCACGGCUGUUAUAGCAUUGGGACUAUUUGAGAUGGUUCUUUGGUAUGCCGAGUAUGUGAAUUUCAACAGCUUAGGUGUCAGGCCAGUUGCAAUCACUACUUGGGUUGUGACCAUUGGAGCUGUAAGGAAAACGGUUUCACGUCUUCUCAUACUCUCCGUUUCAAUGGGUUAUGGUGUUGUGCGCCCAACCCUUGGCGGUCUUACCUCAAAGGUGCUUCUUCUUGGGCUAACUUACUUUUUGGCAUCUGAGUUACUGGAUAUAACCGAGUAUGUUGGAACCAUUAAUGACAUAUCGGGAAGAGCAAGGCUGCUUCUAGUACUUCCUGCCGCCUUCCUUGAUGCAUUCUUGAUAUUGUGGAUAUUCACUUCUCUUCAGAAAACGUUAGAACAGUUACAGUCGAAGAGAAGCUCUGUCAAGUUGGAUAUCUAUAGGAAAUUCUCCAAUGCAUUAGCCGUUACCGUUAUUGCUUCAGUUGUUUGGAUAGCUUAUGAGGUAUACUUCAAAGCAACCGAUCCAUUCAAUGAACGUUGGCAAAGUGCCUGGAUCAUCACUGCGUUCUGGGACCUUCUUACACUAGUACUGCUCUGUGUCAUUUGCUAUCUGUGGGCUCCAUCUCAAAACUCUCAAAGAUAUGCUUACUCAGAGGAGGUAGGAGAAGAAUCUGACGAGGAAGCUCAGUCUCUAACCAGGGGAAUGCCGGAUGGCGACAUUAGUUUAGUGGAAAGCAAAGAGAAGAAUGGUAACCACCAGAUAAAUGCUUUUGAUGAGGAAGAUGUGCUGGAAGAAGAUAAGAGAGAAUGAAUGAUCAAAACUAUACACCAUUCUUUUGCCUUCAAUUACACCUAGGCAAUCCUCUUGAAGCCAUCUUUCCACUUGAAUCUGCCAAAAGCCCCCGAUAGAGAACUGUUCAAUAGUAUCUAUCACUAUUCUGUAGCAGACGGUACCCACCCCUUCCAUCUCCGUGUACCAUCAUGUUUGUUGUACUUGUACUCCAAUCUUCUGAGCUGGGAUUUGGGAGAGUUGCCCAUUCUGUAAAUAACCUAAAAUGAGCAUUCUGAAAUGGGGGGAUUCUGCUCUGAAAAUCAUCUGUAAAAGCUCCAGAGGUUCAUCUUCCCCCCCCCUGUUGGAUUGUACCAUUUUGUCACCAAGCAGCAUUGUGCUAUGUUCAUUGUAUCAUUGUUUCACUAAUCAUCUUAGCAGAUUGUUAUUCCAUCCACUUCAUAGAUCUGCAAGAAACAUGGUAUGUUUGUACCAUUCAAUUCAAUGCAAUACCCCACCAACAUUCAUCUGCUAAAAAACUAGACAUGCAAACAACAUAUUUUUUGAAUUCCAAAUACCUAACUAAUCAGAAGAUUUACCUCAAGUGUUAAUGAAAUUCGAAGCUAUCCAAUUGCUUUACCAGGCAGAUUCUCCUUCAUUCUAUGGUGUCUGAUUUCAAUGAUCUUUUUCUUUUGCUGAUUUUACUCAACCAAUUCUCUAAAUUUUGUCUGAUUUCCAUCAUCCUAUCGUCUUUAUCUUAAAUUUCUAAAUCUUGUUUGAUCUGUGCCGUGGAUUAGAAUGCCCUUUUUGUAAGGUUGUCAAACCAGUACCUGUCCGAUUGGUAAUCGGAUUUGACCGGAAAUCGAUCAUCUAAACAAUCGAAAUACACUCAUUUUGGACGGUUCUGGGAAAAAUCAAAAUCGGAAUGAAAUUAGUUAAAAACG